AUGGUCCAAAAGACUCCGGCCGAGCCGCAGCCCCACCACCAGAAAAAGAAUGCAUUUUGUGUAAUGGGAAAUAUUUGUGGAGCGCUUAUGGCGCCCAAAGAGGAGCUGCGACUCCAGCUUCAGCUGAAUAAUCCUCCUUCCAAUGGGAAAUCCUCUCCUUUCGAUCUGGUCGUUCGUGUUCCCGAUGUCGGACGAGCACUUCAGGAUUUGAUGAGGACUAGAGAAGUUGGUGAGUUCCUUAGUGGGGCUUUGGCCGGGGCUAUGACCAAAGCCAUUCUUGCCCCUCUUGAGACUAUCAGGACAAGAAUGGUGGUUGGUGUCGGGUCUAAAAACAUAUAUGGAAGUUUCGUUCAGAUCAUCGAACAACAAGGUUGGCAAGGACUCUGGGCUGGUAACGCAAUAAACAUGCUACGGAUAGUUCCCACUCAGGCAAUUGAGCUUGGAACAUUUGAAUAUGUGAAGCGAGCAAUGACUUCAGCUCAAGAGAAAUGGAAAUCAACUGAAAACCCGAGUCUUAACAUUGGAAAUCUCAGUCUAAGUUUUUCCCUGUCCUGGUUGUCUCCAGUUGCCGUGGCUGGUGCGGCUGCUGGAAUUGUUAGCACUCUCGCCUGUCAUCCUCUUGAAGUUUUGAAGGACAGAUUGACAGUCAGUCCCGACAUAUAUCCGAAUCUAAGUAUCGCUGUACGCAGCAUGUACAAGGAUGGCGGUAUUGGGGCCUUCUAUUCCGGGAUCUCCCCAACUUUAAUUGGCAUGCUUCCAUACAGCACAUGUUACUACUUCAUGUACGAAACAAUGAAGAAAUCAUACUGCACGGCUAAGAAAAAGGAAUCUUUAAGUCGUGUAGAGAUGCUGUUAAUUGGGGCCCUUUCCGGUUUGACAGCUAGCACAAUCAGUUACCCUCUUGAGGUAGCUAGGAAAAGGCUGAUGGUGGGGGCUCUCCAAGGGAAGUGCCCGCCCCACAUGGCGGCUGCUCUCUCGGAAGUAUUCAGGGAGGAGGGCCCGACGGGCCUUUACAGGGGAUGGGCCGCGAGUUGCCUCAAAGUCAUGCCUUCAUCCGGCAUCACAUGGAUGUUUUACGAAGCUUGGAAGGAUAUAUUGCUUGCCGAAAAACGACCUGCUUCGAAGCUUUCUUGA